AUGGGCAAGAAGAAGCGCGGCCAUCCCGAUGUCGAGGAAAUCCUCUCGCGCCCGUGGUGCUAUUACUGCGAACGUGAUUUCGAAGAUCUCAAGCUCCUCAUCUCCCACCAAAAAGCCAAGCACUUCAAAUGCGACCGAUGUGGCCGGCGGCUGAAUACUGCAGGAGGUCUCUCCGUCCAUCUGAACCAGGUCCACAAGGAGACACUCAGUCAAGUCGAGAAUGCGCUCCCUAACAGACAGGGACUCGAGGUCGAAAUCUUCGGCAUGGAGGGUAUUCCACAAGAAGUGCUCGAGCAACACCGAAAUCGCAUCAUUCAGAACUUCUAUCAAGCGCAAGAAGACCGCCGAAUCGCGACCGGCAACCCCCCACCUGGUCAGUCGAAAAAUCCAAGAAAGAAGAUCAAGAUCGAGACGGCCGAGGAACUCCUCAAGAGAUUUGCCGAGUAUCGCGCUCAGCGAAAGGCAGGAGUGGCAAGCGGCGGUGCGAUGGAUGGCGUCGUCCAGACAAACCCCCCCUUCCCGCAGCAAGCUUUCAACCAGCCUGGCUUCCCCGGCCAGCAGCCCGCCUACGGCUAUUCCGCCGACACUCUUCCGGCGCGGCCUUCAUCAAACCUGGCCGGCGCUCCGGGCCUGCCACAGCGACCAUCACAGCCUGGCUUCUGGGGUAGCUCGGCUCAAGCUGCGGCUACCGGUGAUGAGAUUGACCAACUGAUUCGCAUGGCUGAAGCGGGCGUCAAGCCACAGAAGAGGCCAGACGAAGGCGAGGAGGCGGCCGAGGGAGCCAAGACCAAGAAAGAAAAGGACAAGAAGGGUCGGAUGGUGUAUGAUGAUGCGGAAUUCAGUCCCGAGGAGAAGAUGGCGGCUCUCCCUCGCUAUGCGUAUACACCGCCAGUCGGAGCUUAA